AUGAUGCUGCGAACGAUGUCUUGGUUACUGACGCUCUUCCUAGUUUCAGCGGAGGCUGUGCCCAAGUACCAGUGCCUAGAAUCAUCAACCAAAUAUCGGUGUGUGAUCGAGUAUGUUACAUACCAUCCCGGUCAAAGGAUCAGCUUCCCCAGUGGUUAUCAGCACUUUCGCAUUGGAACGGCAAAUGCUUCCGAUUCGUUGGAAUCGAACAUCACCACGCUGGAUGAAGCGUUAUACGCAGCGAUGGAUCAUCCCGCCAUCAUCGAAAUGGAAUUCGUCAAAAUGUGGCGCUUGGUGUUACCUUCGGAUUUGGCAUUCGGAAAUUUUGCCAACAACGGAAUUCACUCGCUGGAUAUCGAUCCUGCCAGCAGCUACCGAAUCACCUACCUAGACCUGCACUCCAAUUUGCUGUCAAACGUUGCAAACAUCAGUGCACUGGAUAAACUAGAGACGCUGCGUCUAGAAAGAAACUACAUUCAAGAGAUCGACGCCAGCACCGUUAGUGCACUUGCCAAGCUGAAGCGGUUGAAUCUCAAAGGCAACCAUUUGCGUUCGUUUCCUUGGCACGCUCUACCGUGCACCUUAGUUCAUCUGGAUAUUUCCAGAAAUAGGUUGGAAUCAGUUAAUUUAACGAACCUGCGAUUUCCGGCAUUGGAGUAUAUAAAUUUAGCGAAAAAUGACAUUUACGAGCUGAACGUAACGGAUAUUCUGCGAGCCGCUCCGAACCUAAAGGAAGCGUACCUGUUUAACCAUCAGAUCCCUACGGACGACAUGGGCGGCAUAGCGUCGGCUCUUCAUGAGCGCCGUAUUCUGUUCAGUGAAAUCGAUGAAGAGUACUGCUUGCCAAAUGAGGAUUACAUCGACGGCCGUUGUGUCAAGCGGAUAGUGCCGCGAAAGCCGAAAUAUACGUGGAAAACAGCCGUGGUGGCGGUUUGUGUUCUAACCGGAAUAUCUGUGCUAGGUUAUCUGAUAUAUUUGGCUUAUCUACGAGUGAUACGUUAG